AUGGCCUUAAGAUGCUCGAUUAGGGGUUUUGGAAGUUGCAUCCGGCAAGUUCUAGUGGUUGACGGAGCACAUCUGAAGAGGAAAUACAGGGGUGUCUUACUUACUGCUUCCUCAGUAGAUGGUAACAACCAAAUUCACCCUCUAGCUUUCGGGAUUGUUGAUAAGGAGUCUGAUGAAUCGUGGACAUGGUUUUUGGAAAGAGUUAACAUUUGUAUAGGUAACGUUGAUGGUUUAGUUUUAGUAUCUGACCGGCAUCAAACUAUAACAAACUUUGUGGCAACGGUGUUUCCUGAUGCGGCGCACGUUACCUGUAUGCAUCAUGUAGUAAUGAAGUUGACCGAGAAGUUUAGAAAUGAGGGGAUGAGGAGGAUUUUCUCUAAAGCAGCCAAGGCGUUCAAGAUAUCAAAGUUUCGGUACUAUUGGGGCCAAUUCGCCGGAUUCCCCGGAUUACACAAAUAUUUGGAAGACAUCGGCUUCGACAAGUGGGCCAACGCAUAUCAACUUGGAAUGAGGUAUAACCAAAUGACCUCGAAUCUCGCUGAGUCCAUAAAUGCGCGGACCGUCGGGUCUAGUCGAGGAACAUUUCUCAUCGAAUAUGUAGAGAAUAUUCUUAAAGAAGUGGCAGAACAAGCUCGAUAUCAUCAUGUCAGGCCGAUUCAUUGUUUCGAAUUCGAAGUGCAUGAUGGUGCGACCAAGGUACGUGUAAACAUUAAUAGCAAGACCUACACGUGCAAACAAUUUGACUAUUACGAAAUUCCAUGCUCUCACGCCAUUACCGAGGUAGUGCUUCGUAACAUUAGUGUGCAUACAUUAUGUUCUGAUAAGUACCGAAUAGAUACCCUCAUACAAGCUUAUGCCGAACCCGUGUACCCGCUUGGAGAUGAGGAAGAUUGGAUUUUACCAGAUGACUAUGUGCCUACACGAUUAAGCCACCCAGAUUCAUUCCUCGCGUUAGACGUCGCCAAACUGCCAGGAUACCAUCAGCCGGUGAAGUCCGCCAGGUUCAUUUUUGAAUUCAUUGAUAAUAGGUUUAUACUGUCAAAAUUCUCGAGCUCGACCUCGGUCGAGGUAGAUCCUGAGGGAGUCCCAGACAACGAUCUCACCGUCAACGAGAUUUAUGCAAAUCAUGACCUAGUGGUUGUCGUUGACAUUGUACGAUAA